AUGCAAUUUUGUUUUAUUUUUUUUCUUGUUGGGUUAGGAGUUAAAAAAUUUUUCACUGAGUCUAUGGAAGCCGUGACACAUAUUGUGAACCCGGGAGGUGAAGGGGCGUUUAGCUCUGUUGCUGAUGCCCUGAAUGCAGCCGUCUCUGGUGAAACCAUCGCUUUAAAGCCAGGUCUGUACGAGGAAUUAUUGAAGGUGGCAACGGAGGUCACAAUCACGGCAGUACCAGAUGAUUCCUUGGCAGAAAGUGAGGCUGUGAUCACGAAUGGUGUUGUUAUUGUUGCCAAUGUCACCAUGAGAGGGCUGCAAAUAUCUGGCAAGAUCGAUGUUCGCAAAGGUCAUGCAGUUAUUGAAGACUGCGAUAUUCAUCAUGGCUCUGAUGGUGUUCGUGUGGGGGAAGGCGCAAAACUCACCAUUCGACGUUCUCGUAUUCAUCACUGUGAGUCUGGCGGUGACGGGAUUUUCUUUACCCCUGGGUCAUUCGGAGAGGUGGUGGACUGUGACAUUUACGAGUGCCGCGUCAAUGGGAUUCAUGCUCAUAACGCUUGUGUCACCGCUGGCAACAAUCGCAUUCGUGAUGUCCUCUUUGGCAUUUACUUUCGCGGACAAUCAACAGGGGCUAUGGAGAAGAACUCGAUAGAGCAUGUUAGAAAGUUUGGCAUUUACGUGACGGAGGGAAGUGAUCCGGUGGUUCAGGGGAAUCAAGUUCGGGAGUGCGGAAUGCACUGCGCCUUUGUCUCUCAGGGCGGUAAGGGAAUUUGGACAGAGAACAAUUUUGAGGGCUCAAUGCAUGUGCUGACUGGCUGUGCUGCCAAGUUGGGUUCCAACCAAAUUAACGGUAAACUUGACGUGGACGUUGCGCCCGUCGUGGCCUAG